ACCGGUAAGUGAAUUCACAAUUAUGGUAAACGUACGUUUCCGAGGGCUACAAUUUACUAAUACGUGUACGAAAAACAAGGAAAAUAGUUGCAAUUCGUGCUAGCCGCCUGCGCCACGCUUACACGAAGGAAGGCGAGACGAACACGGUCGUCUAUAAACGCCGCAUGCUUAGAGCAGAUCGAAACAAAGAUGAAGUUGAUGUGGAAAUGAAACGGGCUCAACAGCAACAAGAAAAGGGCGGUAGCUGGGGCCACGAGCAGCGCCGAAUCGCAGGGCGAAAUGAGGUCAAUUGUGGCGACGCUCAUCCUCGCUGCCGUCGCCCUAAGGACCGCCGGCCAACAACGCGAGGAAGAACUGCCCUUCGACGACCUCAUGGCCACCAUCUGCCGUAAAUAUGAAAAUGCCGCCGACAGAAAGGAUGCUAUCAUGUGCGUUGGCGACCGAAUGGAAAUUGAACUGGAAGCCAUUGUGACAGAGUGCCUCCAGAGACAGUACAGAUUUGGCAAAAUAAGCGCUCAAGCUUUUGACAUGCUCUGCGACGAUGACAGCAGAAAAAUGGACCGCGUCUAUGACUGCGUCGAUGACCAGGCAGACAGCCAAGGUGGCCGUGACUGGACUCUUGACGAAGUCACCAAAUAUGUCCAGCUCUGCUGAAGACUACGGUGUGCACAAGAUGAAAUAAAGAAACGGUGGGAAAAGGCCCACGAAAGUUGCAUGAUCCCCCAA